UCAAACCCAGUUGUUCAGCUCAGUCACAGCAGCACCAUGAAGAAGAGUAAUGUGUUAUUUUUGGUGUGGUUCAUGUUGUUCGCCAACGCCGCCCAUGAGGAACGCCUGCGGCUGGAUAAAGCGAAACUCUUAAUGCUGCAAUCGACAGUUACCAAGACGUCCAUAAUAGGAGUCAUCAACACGGUGCCUUUCUUGUGUAUAACCUCCCCGGCCCCUGUUGUUGUUGGUAGAAGCUUGCCAAGGAAACCAUUGAGGGAACUACUUCCUCUGAAUGACCGUGGAGCCUCACUGGGAGGGAACAGUACUGAGUCAGAUCUACACAGCAGCCUUCUGGAGGUGGAGGAGGACUUGCCUGGCCGCGCGAGGUUCGGUAUCACUCUGGUAACAACCGUGACGUCAGUGUUCUCCUGUACCUCCGUCUACACCAACACGGACUCCACCGUCACCGUCAGUGUUCUUGGUGGAGUUGGCCUCGACGCCCCGCCCUGCGAGUGAUGAUGAUCCUUCCAUUUUUGUGUUCCGAAAUGCAGACGAACCUGUACCAAUGAAACUUAGCUUAAGCCAGAGUUAAUAAUCCUGGAGAGGUUGCACCUGCUCGGGGUGAUACACUGGCUGGGGUGACUGAGUCUAAUACUGUAACAGUCUUGGUACUCCACCAGUCUAUUCCUCAUUCUGAAACCUCUAGAUGUUUUCUUUAGAACAUUGACCUAAAGUUUGUAAUGUAGUCACCUUGUAUCCAUUAUAUUAAACAUGUAGUUGCUAA